AUGGCUACCAUUGAGGCUCGCAAAACAGCCGGUGUUUCCCCCGAUACGAGUGUGUCAACCGAUUUCAACAGUGAAGCUACGAUCACAGGCAAUUGCCUACAAAAUCGGCAGAAAUCCAACAACAGCAUUUCCGGCGCAAAAGGGCAACGUAAUCAAGGGGCUACUUCCGACGAUGACCAAGGCGAUGAUGAAGAAGAAGAAGAAGACAACAAUCCCGACGAAGCAGAUGGAAAAGAUUCGUCAAAGAAGGCAACCCCAACCAACGGAUUCGGCAUUGGCAUAGGCAAAAGGCCUGCUAUCUGCGAAAAGUCUGCUAAGAAAGGAUCGGAGAACAGCGGAACAGUGCUGGGCUCGGAGUCCCUCUCGACUGCUUCCUCUAAGAAGCGUGAUGCCAGUAUCUUCACUACUGUAGAUGAUGAAGAGGAAGCAUUCAAUGAUGAUGAAGGGCAAGGGUCGUCCUGCUAUCCUCGCAAGAAGAUGGUAAGACGUCUCAGCAAUGCAAGCAAUGGCAUGAUGGCAUACGAGGAUGCCCGCAAGGAUAGCAUAGCUUCUGAAGAAGGCGCCUUGGGUGGCACAGCCCCCAGUGCCGUUGAAGAGACCUCUGACGACGAUGAGAUCUACAACAAAGUUGCGGAGAUCGACGAGUCUGACAAUGACGAGGUCCUCUCUGAGGCGGCCGAGGAAAGAAUGCUCAAGAAAGACUUCGAACUCUCUGACAACGAAAGUGAGGAGGGCGACGGUCCAGACAUGUCCUUGCUUCUCGACAACAACAGCCUAUUCCGGGAUGACUAUCUCACUAUGCACACCAUGGACGACAACUUGCUCGGCCUCUCUUCGGACCACUGGCGUGGCAUGGAAGAGAUUGCCCCUGUCCAAUCAAACACUUCAACGAGGCGCGUGCGUUUCGAUGACCAUGUGCACGCUGUCUCGGAUGUUGACAGCGACACAUCCUCGGAAGACCUCAACAGUUUCUUCCCUGACCUCUUCCAUCGGGAAAGCCAGCUUCUGACAAGUGCGAACUUCCACCCCGAUGGUGUAUUGGAUGAGGCAGGUUACUUCGAAGGAUCUACUGCAAGCGACAGCGAGAAGUCGUACUGGGAUUUCGGAGACGAAAAACCUGGCGAGUGGCGCGACCACGAUGUCCACACAGAGUCGGAGUCAGAAUCUGACUCAGAGGCCGGCUCUAGUGGCUAUGAAACCGACGAAGGUGACACGACCGAUGAGGAGUUACCUCCACCGCCAACCAUUAGCAAACCGUCGCGCGUACACCGUGACUCAGAGUCUUCUGCUAGUACCAGUACCGCCACCCCCAAACCUUUCCCACGAAACAAGAAGGCACGGUCAAAUAAGCGCAAUGGCCCCGUUAGGGGCUUUUUUACGCUUGACCCGAAGCGCCCCAUUGCUUUCGUGGAUAGCACCGGCACACGCAUGGUAUUGCUGCCUGCGCGUACCCCGGACAAGGAGAACCCACUGUGGCCGGGCAGUACUGCGAGCAGCACUGCCAACAACAGCCCCAGGAGUUCGUUCCAAAUGCUCAAUGGCGAAGAGAGCGACUUCAGCGAUGGUACAAACCGCAACUUGGUCGACAUCAUGUUGAGCGGUGUCUCCGGUGCAUUUGGAGGAAACAACUUUCCCAUUGGUCCUCCAGAGGCUUUCUUCCCCUUCGUUGAUGUGCAACUUGACGGCACCAUCGUUGCGGACGAUGAGUAUGAUGAGGAUGAAAUGGACGAAGGCGAAAACCUGCUCGACGUCCACGACUUCAUCGAUUUCGGUGAGGGCGAGACCGAUGAGGGUGAUGACGAAACGGAUGUUCCUACAGCUGGCAAUUCGCCUACCACGGUAAAUGCCGGGCACACUCCCGCUAGACCGUCAGGGCUAUCUGCUGCUCAAGAGAUGAGCCGGAACAUGUUGCAGCAUUUCGAUCGUGGCGUCGUCACCUCUUUCAGGAGGAAUCAGAACCGCUAUCGUGAUGUUGCACGUCUGCCCGACGAUCCCGCCAUGCGUGCUUCUGCCUCGCGUCCUGUCCGCACAGGCGCAUCUGCCGAUGCCAUCAUCACGCCAAUGCGGAAGAAGAAGUCCGAGAGCAAGACAAUGGGCCGAGGCAGUCCAUUAGCCAGGAAGUCUGGUCAAGUUGCUGGUUUUUCUUCUCGCCGCCGCUAA